CACUUUUCAGUUCUGGAAGAUAGAGUUCACAAGUUUCUGGAGGUAGAUGGGAACAGAAGAAUCCGAUAAACUUGGUGCAUCUUUCAAAUUUAUGGAGCCUAAAGAUGAAACUGUAAACAGGUCUUUGCAGCCACAUUGGACUAGUUCUAUGCAGGCAUAUCAUAAUGCUGGUUCUACUCCAAUUCCCUUCUUAAACCCGCAUUAUGGUCCUUACUUUGGCCAAUUCAUUUGGCCAAAACAGUCAACCAUCUCUCAAUAUAAUUUUUUGCAUGAGUCCAUGAGGAUUUCUAAUAAUUCUGCUAUAGCUGGAGUGAUUCCAAAUCAGCAGCAACAACCAAGUGCUGUCCCGGUAGUUGGGCCUGCUGGGGAUGCUGCAUCAGUUUUUUCUGAAAAAAUACAAAGGAUGUUUGGUGCAAAUAACGAGGAUUCAAUUAAAAAAUGUAAUGGAAGCUUACAAUCUAAAAGCUCAAUCACUAAGGAAGCAAAAGAAAUUAAGAUCAUCUGCUCAACUCCAAACCAUGACAUGAGUGGAGCAAGUGGAGGCAAAGAACCUUCAGAUGAAGGCCAUGACAGUAAACAUGAUUUCCCUUCACCAAAGCAGAAAUGCAAUGUGGUGUCUGAAAAUGUAAAUUCAAGAAAACAACACAAGGAUACAAUGGCUGGUCUGAAUGCUUCUGCCAGUGUUGUUAAACUUGCAAAACUGGAAAAUGAUGAAAUAAGGAAAGAAAGAAAAAGAUUAUCUAAUCGCGAAUCAGCCAAGAGAUCAAGGUUAAGAAAACAGAAAGAAUGCGAAGAGCUACGUGGAAACAUGGACAAUUUAAAGGAUGAAAAUUCCUCACUCACACACAUGCUUAUAAGGCUUUCAGAGGAAUGUAUGGAUCUCAGCAAUGAAAACGAUUCUAUCCAGGCAAAGAGCUUUUUAUAUCGAGGAAACAAUACUAACAGAAAGUGUGUGAUUUGGUUGAGGAACAGGCUGAACUGGUUAAGAUGUAUGGAGCAGAAUCAAUAGCAGAUCUAUUGCCCAUGAAGCCUUCUUGACAAUAUUGCUGGUGGAUACACAGAUAUGAGAAAAGGAAGCAAAUCUAACAUCAACAUUUUUUUUCAACAACCACUUUUGAGUUUUUUCCCUGCCUUAAGUUUACAGUUAGGUUAUAUAUAUAAUAUGCAUGCCAAUUGUUAAGUGCUAAGAGCAUUGUCACAUUGAAAAUAAAGGAAGAAAAGAGUAUGAUAAUGAUGUUUUAUGGCAUUUACAUGCAAGUAGUAUUCCAGAUUUCCAGUUACUUAUGAGUACUUCCCAAAAAAAUAAAUAAACAAAUACAUAAAUAAUGAAAAAAAGAAGGUAGAAGCAGUGGAACUUUGAGGAGUUGAAUCAGUUUGUUCAUUCAGCAGAUUUUUGUUUCUAUUUGACUGACAAGUCCUGACUUCCUUUUUUCCUUUUUAUUGUAUUGUUGCAAAUAAGAAAAAUAUGCAAUUGUGCUGUAUGAAGACUUUAUGGGUAUCUGAUGUUAUGUAGAGAAAAAGAAAUAUUCAAUUA